AUGCCCCUGCCCCGCAGGGGAAGAGGACCCCUCCUGGCUGGCCCUCGAAUGGCGAGCACUAGCCUCCCGCGGGCGACAGCCCACUCGCCAAGACACGUGGGCCGCGGGACCCCGUUGUCGAGCCCUGCGCAACGCCUCACCCGGCAGCGCCAUUCCUCCGAGCAGAUCCCACCACGGCCCGAGCCGCAGGCGGACUUCCGCUCGGGAAGGUGGCUCCAAGAGGGUGCCAGAGGGGACGCCAGGAACUCGUGGCAGACCCCGUGUGCUGGGAUGGGCUCCAGGCACAGGAUCUGUAGUCAAGAAGAAGUAGUGAUGCCUUGUGCUUCUGACAGUGAUUCAGGAAGUGUGGAUUUGCAGCUGGGCAACUUAGAGGAUAUUAAAAAGCAACCAAGUAGCCUUGAACUUACAGACUCGGACAUCACGGAAAUCCCAGGACUCCCCAGGGAAUCCCUCACAGACACCUCCAGACACCUGACCCACCAAGGCCCCCUUGGUGAAGUCGUUGCUGAGCAGCUGAUCCAAUCCAUCCAGGAGUUUUUUAAUGGUGAACUAAAGAGUGAACUUGAGAAGCUGACAGCCCUGAGAUCUUUGUCUUCUCUCAGCCGAACUUUACCUUCUGAUGAAACCACAGAGUCAUUCAUUCACAGCCACAUAGCAGACAUUGUGCAUCUGCUAAGUACGCUGGUGGAGGAGGAGCCCCUGCAGUCUCUCUUCAGCCCUGUGCUCCAGGAGGUCUUUAUCACCAUCACUGACUUCAGUUACCAAGAUGUCUACUUGCUGUUUGGUUCUGAAGAUCGAGCUGACCUGUUCAGUCUUGUCACCAAAAGUGUAAUCGCUCUGCCCUCUACCCAUCCGCAGGAAAUCAUGCCAGGCGGAUCCUACAAUUCAGAGUGUCUCUACAGGCAGACAUUUCAGGCGUUCGUUGAGAUGCUCCAGAGUUUGGUGAUAAAAGACCGACAUUUGGAAAAUCUUGACAUCAUUUUUAAGCACAUGGACCCCUGGCUACAGUCAGACAAAGACCAUGAACGGGAACGGGCCACAACCAGCAUGACUCAAGUUCUGAAGUGUUUAUUCAAACAUCUCAGCCUGCAACUUCCAGUGCGAUUCCAAAGACUUGGACACCUGGUGGCUCUGAUGGCGCUGCUGUGUGGGGACCCACUGAAAGAGGUGGCCGAGGAGGCUGCUGAGGGCACACACUACCUGCUGCACAUCACCCUGAGGCUGAAGUGUAUCACUUACGACAAGAAAAAUCGCCAAAGCCUGAAAAGAGCAAUGAAAAAAUGUCGAGAACUCCUAGAACUCUACAAUAUUAAGCAGUUCUAUAGUUGUCCCUUCAGAAUUGCCCAGGUCUUCGAAGUUUUUCUCAAUUCCAACGAGCUCUACCAGUUUGUAAUGGCUACACUGGAUGGCCUGAAAAACCUGAAACAUCCACACACGCAGCGGUCAGCGGGGGAAUUGCUGAUAGCAUUGGUGAAGACUGCACAGUCCCGGUUUGAGAAGGUGCCAGAAAUUAUGGGAGCUCUCUGUGCCCUGCUCUCCACAAUCAGCCAGCCUAAGGUUCGCCAACAAAUCACAAAUAUUGUGAGUUUGUUUCUGUCCAGGCCCAAGUACACAGAUACAGUGAUCGACCAUCUUCUGUGUCACCCAGUACCAUAUGGCAGGCAUCUGGCUGAGUUGUGGAGAACUCUGGAGGUGGAGCUGCCCAAAACGACCUGGAUUCUCUGGAGACUCCUGAGGAAGCUGCAGAAAUGCCAUGAUUCUGGCACCCAGGAGAAGAUGGCCUAUGUGGCUGUUGCUGUGACAGAUGCCCUUUAUGAGGUGUUUGUGGGGAACAGACUCCGAGCAGCUACGUUCCGGCUCUUUCCUCAACUUCUCAUGACACUCCUCGUCCAGGUUCACCACACCAUCGGCCUCACCAUGUCUGAUGUUGCCAUCCCCAGUGGCCUAUACCCGGAACAGGAAGUGUCUUCAGAGGUCACCCCCUUGUGCUUCGCCAUACAGGCUACAAAGACUCUCCUCCUCAGAACAUUCUGCUGGGAGGAAUUCAACAUCAUGGAAAAAAAUAAAGGAUGGACCCUUCUGGAAGGAAAAGAUUGCCAUCUUCAGGGAGUAUCCCUCCUUGCCAAUGCAUUGCUGGAGAGAAAUCACCUCCUUGCACAUAAGGUCAUGUACCUGUUAGUGCCUUUUCUUAACCGAGGGAACGAUAAACAUAAGCUCACAUCAGCAGGCUUUUUUGUGGAGCUUCUUCAGAGUCCAGUGGCUAGGAGAUUUCCCAGCAUGUACUGUGUUGCCCGCUUGAAAGACUGGCUACUUCUUGAAAAUAAUCCCUUUAAAAUACUUGCCCUGAGGGGACUGUGCUAUCUUACCAGACAGGGGGAAAUGGUAAGACCAGAUGUUCAUCGUUUCUCCAUGAUUCUCUUUGGAGCCUCCAUAAAGUCUGUGAAAUACACAGAUAAGAAGGGUGCAGAGAGCCAAGUCCUGGACAGCUUGGUCCCACUUCUUCUGUAUUCUCAGGAUGAGAAUGAUGCAAUCGCUGCGGAGAGCAGGCAAGUGCUAACUAUAUGUGCCCGGUUCCUGAAGUGGAAGCUGCCCCAAGCAGUGUACUGCAAAGCUCCCUGGUUCAUCAACCCUAGUGACGUUGCAACAAUCUGCAAAUUCUUUGGAACAAAAUGCAAGGGGAAGGUCGACAUCUUAGCCCAAACAUUGAUGUUCUCCAAGAAUGCAAAACUUCCUAUCAGAAGAGCAGCAGUCUUAUUAGUAGGGCUCUUAUCGAGGUACAUGGAUCACAGCGAACUCAGGACGAAGGGUACUGACUGGAUAGAGGAUGAUCUGAAAAAACUGCUGCAUGACCCUGAGCCAUCUCUGCGCAUCAUCGCCUCCCAGGCUCUAUUCCGAAUCCAGAAGGCGGUGGCUGAACCACAUUCCAGGCAGACACUGUACGGGCUGAGGAAGCUCAUAGGUUGUUUGCCUAUCUAGAAGCCCAAGGCAAGCAACACUAGGUAAAAAAAAAAAAAAAAACUAAUCCCUUCAGAAGCCCCAGAAGCACCUCGUGCUCCAUUAGCAAGAAACUUCCUCCACCUCACAUCAUAUUUUUUGCUGUCAAAACCUUUAAGGAAUGGCAAUAUAGAAGAGAGAGCAGCUUCUGGUGUACCUUGGCAGAAACAGUGAAAAUCUAUUGAGAUUCUGAGGCAUGCCAGAACAUCCAUAAAGUUCUAGUCUUGAUAAAGAGGUCGAGGAAAGCUUCG